AUGGAGAUGGUCCUCAUCUUCACCUUCUCUCUAAUUCUAGCUGGUACUGAUGCUGUAACUACAGUAACUGGAUACAGAGGACGAUCAGUUCAGGUUAAAUGUCCCUACACAUCUCGAUAUGAAGAUUACAACAAGUAUCUCUGCAGAGGUAAAUGCCCCACCUGGGACCUUAAAGACGUUCCUGUUCAGUCUGGAUCUCCUGUUAAAGACCCCAGAUUCUCUCUGUAUGACGACACAACUGCCAAAGUCUUCACCGUCACCAUCACUGAUCUGAGACCAGAGGACGGAGGAACUUACUGGUGUGGGAUAGAUAAGACAGGGCGUGAUAUUUACACAGAGAUUCUACUGCUGGUUAAAAUGGAUGUUCUUACCACGACUACUGUCUCAUACACCACACACUCCACUUUAACACACUCCAUGAGUACAUCAGUGCAUGCUGAGAGAACACACUCAUCAUCAGGCUCUGAAACAGAGACACACACAGAGCCUCCCUGA